ACCCGUUCAACGACCGGCAGAGGAUGGGCUCAGCCAAGUACGGAUAGAUGGAGUGGUCUGCAGACGAUGGCAUUCCACAGAAUGCUCUUGUCGCCGGACUCGAUCAGGAUGGUUCACCGUUGUACGUUGCCCGGGCGCACCACGAAGGCGAUCUGAUUCCGGGAAAGUUUAUUCCCAACAGAAAGCAAGCGUUUGUGUCGUACGGAGGGCUGGAAGUUUUCAAAUCCGAUUUCGAGAUAUUGUUUGGUUAUGGUUUUAUAUGGGUGAGUAGUAGUAACGGGCGUGUGCCGAAAGGUGCUGUCGAAGGUGGACGAACCGCUUCCAAGGAGUCACUAUAUAUUGGCCGGGCUCAUCACGAAGGUAGUUUGACUCCAGGAAAGAUUCAUCCUUCCCAUGGUUGCUUGUACAUUCCGUUCGGCGGCAGUGAGCAGCUUUUGCAACACUACGAAGUGCUAAUUUGGCCGCCAGUACUACAGCCAGCUGUCUAGGACCGUUCGAAGUUUUCAUUAGAUUUCUUUUCCCGCCAACGAUUGUGAGCUUAGGGGUUAGAACAUUAAUCUCUUCUCUGUGAUGCAAUUUUGCCUGAAAGUGCCUUACUUACUUCGCAGCCCGAUAAGCAGACUGAACAAUCUCUUUUUCUUAU